UAAGAGCUAGGGAGGGAGCGAGAGGCGCUCCUCGCUAGGGCUGGCUCCCUCCACCGCACAGGAAACGGGGCAGGAGGGCGGACCCCCAUCUCAUGUAGGAAUGCCUUGUCCCCAGGGUGAGCCCUCAGGUAAGGGUACCAGUUUCUUCCUGAGCCAUGACCAGAGCCAUUCCCAGAUAAAUGAGGUUUCCUGGAAGGAUGUUACCAGUGCCUUAUCUCUGGCCAACAUGGUGCUGGGGCUCUUCUCCAUCAUCUUCAGCUUCAGCAGGAAACGCCACUAUGCCUCCUGGAUGCUCCUGGUCAGCUUCCUGUUAGACAUGGCGGUCAGGGCAAUGACCAGCCACAUCAACAUCUGCUCCAAAUUGGGCGUGGAUGGACUUCUGAGUGGGAUCCUGGCCAUCAUCUACAUGUCAGCUGCUUCUUUCCACUUGUGCUUUUAUUCACCUGGAGUCCCCUCCACAUACAAGGGUCUACCCUGCCCCUAUGCUUCCUGCAUCUUGGCUUCCACCUCCCUUCUGACCAAAGGCAACAGGUUCAUCCUCUGCUGCAUGGCCUCACUCAUGAUUCUCUUCAUGACGGACCAGAGCUACUAUCCAUAUGACAAAAUCCUGGAGUCUGAGAACUGGAAAAAAUUGGUUUAUAUAGGAGGUGUCAUCAUGCUGUUUUUCUCCCCAUUGUCUCUGUCUGCUUUUUACUGCCUGAUGUGGUCGCUCUCGUACAUCUUCUUUCCAGAUGCUCUGUGGGGCAAGGCAGCCUGUCUUUCGCCACAGCACUGAGGAAGCUAAGCAGCUCUACCAGCUCCUGCCGGCCUCUGUGGGGAGGCAUCUGUUACAACAGUCCAGAAAGGAGGUCGUGGGAAUAUCGUCUACAGCAGGCAGUGGUGAUGGAAAGAAGAUAGCAAGAGACAUCCUCAGGUGAAAGGCAGGGUAACUACACCUUAUUCCUCAUCUUUCUUUAUUCUUAAUUAAUCCACCCACUAAGAACAGAAACAGAUCACAAAACUUCCUAAUUUGUAGAAGAAAAAAAUGAAAGACAGAGUGUGUGUGUGUGUAGAGGAGCUAUAACUCGAUUAAUUGAAAAGACAAGGAAGGGGGAAAAAAUGAAACUUAGAAGUGGGACAAAUAGAAAAUACAAAAUAAAGAGCAGAAACAAAUGAAAAAGCAACCAAACCUACAAUAGAGAGGAUCACCAAGACUACAAGAUGGUUCCUUGAAAAUACUAAAAAAAACCUUGCAAACCUCUGACAUGACAGAUCAACAUAAAAGGGAGUGGGCACAAAUAAACAUUAUUAGGAACUAGAAAGAAGACUUAACUACUGACAUAACAGAAAUGAAAAUGAAACAUUAUGAACUCCGUGCCAACACAUUUGACAACCUAAAUGAAACAAGUUCCUAGGAAAAGUAAAAUGAUCCAAACUGACUAGAAAGCUUGAAUAUUCCUGUCAUCUUUAAGAAAAAUGGAAUUCUACACAGUGAUGAAAAUAGUUACUAACACUACCGCAAAUGAUUCUUGAAACACAGAAUGCGGCUGAUGAAACUGGUAAAUUUUAUGUAUAUUUUACCAUAAUAAAAAUAAAUAAACUUGAAUGG